AUGUCGGGAGACAUGUGGAGAUGGGCCUGCGUCGCCUUGCACCUUCUCCUCUGCACGUCUGUGUGGCCUUCCGUGGCUCGGCAGCAGCCUUCCCACCCAAAGAGACCGUUCCUUAAUUUCACUGUGGACAUGGCAGAGGUCUAUUUCAACCACUUAGUGGUUGACGAAAGGAAAGGGUACAUUUACCUGGGGGCUGUCAACUGGAUCUACAAACUCUCUGGAGACCUGGUGGUACAAGCUUCCCAUCAGACGGGUCCCGAUAAUGACAACCCAAAGUGUUACCCUCCCAGACUGGUCCAGCCUUGUAACGAGCAGUUGAAGAUGACCAACAACAUUAACAAAAUGCUCCUCAUAGACUACAAGGAGAACCGGCUGAUUGCCUGCGGGAGCUUAUACCAGGGCAUCUGCAAACUCUUGAGGCUGGACGACCUGUUUAAGCUCGGGGAGCCCUUCCACAACAAGGAGCACUACCUCUCUGGGGUGAAUGAGAGCGGUUCUGUCUUUGGGGUGAUUGUUUCAUACAACAACAUGGAUGACAAGCUGUUUGUCGCAACUGCUGUGGAUGGGAAACCCGAGUACUUCCCAACCAUCUCCAGCCGAAAGCUCCCCAAGAAUUCUGAAGCGGAAGGGAUGUUCGCCUACGUCUUCCAUGACGAAUUCGUGGCCUCCAUGAUCAAGAUCCCAUCGGACACGUUCACUAUCAUCCCGGACUUUGACAUAUACUAUAUCUAUGGCUUCAGCAGUGGGAAUUUUGUUUACUUCUUGACCCUCCAGCCUGAGAUGAUCUCUCCACCUGGUUCUACCACCAAGGAACAAGUUUACACCUCUAAGCUGGUCCGCUUGUGCAAGGAGGAUACGGCCUUCAACUCGUACGUUGAGGUGCCCAUUGGCUGUGAGAAGAACGGCGUAGAAUACCGAUUACUCCAGGCGGCCUACUUGUCAAAGGCAGGGGCCAUUUUGGCCAGGUCUUUGGGUAUCACGCCGGAGGAUGACAUUCUCUUCACGGUGUUUUCUAAGGGGCAGAAGAGGAAAAUGAAGUCCUUGGACGAGUCCGCGCUCUGCAUCUUUGUUCUGAAGGAGAUCAACGAUCGUAUCAAGGAAAGGCUACAGUCCUGCUACAGGGGCGAAGGCACUCUGGAUCUGGCCUGGCUCAAAGUGAAGGAUAUUCCCUGUAGCAGCGCACUGUUAACAAUCGAUGACAAUUUUUGUGGCCUGGAUAUGAACGCCCCACUCGGAGUAUCUGAAAUGGUACGAGGACUUGCCAUCUUCACGGAAGACCAAGACCGGAUGACGUCGGUCAUUGCGUAUGUCUAUAAGAACCACUCGCUGGCUUUUGUGGGCACGAAGAGUGGCAAGCUGAAAAAGAUCCGUGUAGAUGGACCAUCCAAAGGGGCCCUUGAGUAUGAGGUUGUGCAGGUGGUGGAUUCUGGGCCGAUACUGCGGGAUAUGGCUUUCUCAGUGGACCACAAGUAUCUGUACAUCAUGUCUGAGAAACAGCUUUCCCAGGUGCCGGUGGAGUCCUGCGGGCAGUACCGAAGCUGUGGCAAGUGCCUGGGCUCGGGGGACCCCCACUGCGGAUGGUGUGUGCUCCACAACACGUGCACAAGGAAAGAACAAUGCGAGCGGUCCAGCGAGCCCAGGAGGUUUGCUGCUGAAAUGAAGCAGUGUGUCCGACUGACCGUGCACCCCAACAACAUCUCUGUCUCGCAGUACAGUGUGAUGCUGGUCCUGAAGACGUACAAUGUCCCUGAGUUGUCAGACGGCGUCAACUGCACCUUCGGGGACUUGUCGGAAAUGGACGGCGUGGUGAUGGGAAACCAAAUUACUUGCCAGUCUCCGGCUGCCAAGGAGGUGCCGAAGAUCAUCACCGAGAAUGGAGAUCACCACAUCGUCCAACUGCAGCUCAAAUCCAAGGAAACAGGCAUGACCUUUGCCAGCACCAAUUUUGUCUUCUACAACUGCAGUGUCCACAACUCGUGCUUGUCUUGUGUGGAAAGCCCGUACCGGUGCCACUGGUGCAAAUAUCGCCACCUUUGCACCCACGAGCCUCUUGAUUGCCACUUUCUGGAUGGACAGGUCAAACUGCCUGAGGACUGCCCCCAGCUGCUGCAAGCCAACAAGAUCUUGGUGCCUGUGGAAGUGGUGAAGCCCAUCACGCUGAAGGCCAAGAACCUGCCGCAGCCUCAGUCGGGCCAGCGCAGUUACGAGUGCAUCAUCAAUAUCCAGGGCAACGAGAAGCGGGUACCAGCCCUGCGGUUCAACAGCUCCAGCAUCCAGUGCCAGAACACUUCCUAUUCUUAUGAUGGGAUGGAGAUUAACAGCCUGCCAGUGGAGUUGACAGUUGUGUGGAAUGGGAAUUUCAACAUUGACAACCCAGCACAGAACAAAGUCCACCUGUACAAAUGCGGAGCGAUGCGCGACAGCUGUGGCUUGUGCCUGAAGGCAGACCCGGACUACGAAUGCGGCUGGUGUGAAGACCUGAACCAGUGCACCCUGCAGCACCAUUGCCCGAUUCUGGAGAACCGGUGGCUGGAGCUCUCGGCCACAGGGAGCAAGUGCACGAAUCCCAAGAUCACGGAAAUCUCCCCGGUAAGAGGGCCCCGAGAAGGCGGGACGAGGGUGACCAUCCGGGGAGAGAAUCUGGGCCUCGAGUUCCGGGACAUUGCAUCGCGUGUCCGCGUCGCCGGCGUGGAGUGCGUUCCCCUGGUGGAAGGCUACAUCCCGGCAGAGCAAAUAGUGUGCGAGAUGGGCGAGGCCAAACUCAGCCAGCACGCCGGAAAUGUGGACAUCUGCGUGGCCGAAUGCAAGCCGGAGUUCAUGGCCAAAUCCUCCCAGUUCUACUACUUCACGAUCCUGACCCUUUCCGACCUAAAUCCGAAGCAAGGUCCGGUCUCGGGUGGCACACAGGUCACGAUCACGGGCAAAAACCUGAAUGCCGGCAGCACCGUCUCGGUGUCCUUCGGGCAGCAACCCUGCAUUUUCCACUGGAGGACUGCGGAAUACAUUGUCUGCAACACCACGGCUUUCAGCAAUGGCUUGGAAAGGAACGUGGUGGACGUGUCAGUCAAGGUGGACAAGGCCACGCUGCACAAAGAACUGGAGAAGGCCAAGGCACCCAAGGAGCUGAAGUUUAAAUAUGUGGAGGAUCCAUCCAUUCUGAGGAUCGAGCCCGAAUGGAGCAUUGUCAGUGGAAAUACGCCCAUCACGGUGUGGGGCACUAACCUGGACCUCAUCCAGAACCCACAGAUCCGAGCAAAGUACGGUGGGAAAGAACACGUCAAUGUGUGUGAAGUGCAGAAUGAGACCGAGAUGAUCUGCCAGGCUCCAGCCCUAGCGGCUGAUCCAGAGAACCAGUCUGACCUUGCUGAGCGGCCGGACGAAUUUGGCUUCGUCUUGGACAACGUCCAUGCCUUGCUCGUCCUGAACAAAACCAACUUCACCUACUAUCCGAAUCCAGUCUUUGAGGCUUUCAACCCCUCUGGGAUUUUGGAACUGAAACCAGGAACCCCUGUCAUAUUAAAGGGGAAGAACCUGAUCCCACCUGUAGCGGGAGGGAACGCCAAGCUGAAUUACACCGUCCUGGUGGGCGAGAAGCCGUGUGUGGUGACAGUGUCAGAGGUGCAGCUGCUGUGCGAGUCCCCCAAUCUCACUGGACGGCACAAAGUGAUGGCUCGGGUCGGAGGGAUGGAGUUCUCGCCGGGGAUGGUGAACAUCUCCCCGGACAGCCCGCUCAGCCUGCCCGCCAUUGUCAGCAUCGCCGUGGCGGGAGGGCUGCUCAUCAUCUUCAUCGUGGCCGUACUGAUCGCCUACAAGCGCAAGUCCCGGGAGAGCGACCUCACCCUCAAGCGCCUCCAGAUGCAGAUGGACAACCUGGAGUCCCGCGUGGCCCUGGAGUGCAAGGAAGCCUUUGCCGAGCUGCAGACGGACAUCCACGAGCUGACGAGUGACUUAGACGGAGCUGGCAUCCCGUUCCUGGAUUACCGGACGUACACGAUGAGGGUGCUUUUCCCUGGCAUUGAAGACCACCCAGUGCUGAGGGAUUUGGAGGUCCCUGGUUAUCGGCAGGAGCGUGUGGAGAAAGGCCUGAAGCUCUUUGCCCAGCUCAUCAACAACAAGGCCUUCCUCCUGUCCUUCAUCCGCACCCUGGAGUCCCAGCGCAGCUUCUCCAUGCGGGACCGGGGCAACGUGGCCUCCCUCAUCAUGACCGUGCUGCAGAGCAAGCUGGAGUACGCCACCGACGUCCUCAAGCAGCUCCUGGCUGACCUCAUAGACAAGAACCUGGAGAGCAAAAACCACCCCAAAUUGCUGCUUCGCCGGACAGAAUCUGUUGCCGAGAAGAUGUUGACCAACUGGUUCACUUUUUUGCUCUACAAAUUCCUCAAGGAGUGUGCGGGCGAGCCUCUCUUCUCGCUCUUCUGUGCCAUCAAGCAGCAAAUGGAGAAGGGCCCGAUCGACGCCAUUACUGGGGAAGCCCGCUAUUCCCUCAGCGAGGACAAGCUCAUCCGGCAGCAGAUCGACUACAAGACGCUGGUCCUGAGCUGCGUGAACCCCGACAACGUGAACAGCCCCGAGAUCCCUGUGAAGAUCCUCAACUGCGACACCAUCACACAGGUCAAGGAGAAGAUCCUUGACGCGAUCUUCAAGAACGUGCCUUGCUCUCAUCGGCCCAAAGCUGCUGACAUGGAUUUAGAGUGGCGGCAAACGAGCGGGGCCCGGAUGAUCCUGCAGGACGAGGAUCUCACGACCAAGAUCGAGAACGACUGGAAGAGGCUCAACACGCUCGCCCACUAUCAGGUGCCAGAUCUAUCCGUGGUGGCCUUGGUGUCCAAGCAGGUCACGGCCUACAAUGCCGUCAACAAUUCCACCGUCUCCAGGACCUCUGCGAGCAAGUACGAAAACAUGAUCCGCUACACGGGCAGCCCAGACAGUUUGCGUUCUCGGACGCCGAUGAUUACGCCGGACUUGGAAAGCGGGGUCAAGAUGUGGCACUUGGUCAAGAACCACGAGCACGGUGACCAGAAGGAGGGCGACCGAGGGAGCAAGAUGGUCUCAGAGAUCUAUCUAACCAGGCUGCUGGCCACCAAGGGCACUUUACAGAAAUUCGUCGAUGACCUCUUUGAGACAAUCUUCAGCACGGCGCACCGUGGCAGUGCCCUGCCCCUGGCCAUCAAGUACAUGUUUGACUUCCUGGACGAGCAAGCAGACAAGCACAACAUCCACGACCCACACGUUCGACACACGUGGAAGAGCAACUGCUUGCCACUGAGGUUUUGGGUGAACAUGAUCAAAAACCCCCAGUUUGUCUUCGACAUCCACAAAAACAGUAUCACGGACGCCUGCCUGUCAGUGGUAGCACAAACCUUCAUGGACUCCUGUUCGACCUCAGAGCACCGCUUAGGCAAAGAUUCCCCCUCGAAUAAGCUCCUCUAUGCCAAGGAUAUUCCCAGCUACAAGAACUGGGUGGAAAGGUACUACUCGGAUAUCGGCAAGAUGCCCGCGAUCAGUGACCAGGACAUGAAUGCCUACCUGGCUGAGCAGUCGCGCAUGCACAUGAACGAGUUCAACACCAUGAGUGCGCUCUCCGAGAUCUACUCCUACGUGGGCAAAUACAGUGAGGAGAUCCUGGGUGCCCUGGAUCAAGACGACCAGGCUGGCAAGCAGAAGCUGGCCUACAAACUUGAACAAGUUAUAACCCUCAUGAGCAUAGACAGCUGAGAACUGCCCUACCAGGGGACUCCCUGGGGGGGAUUCACACAAGAACAAAAUCAAAACCAAGCCGUGCCUCAGUCAAGAACAUCCUCUUUACCAAGUGCAAGUUUCUGAUUGCCCGUCUGGAGGAGUCCCCGGAACAACUCUCGGCUCCUCGAAGGCUCGCCUGCAGAACCUACGGACACCGAGCAACUAGGGCUCGAGGACUGAGGGGCCUCUCUGUGGAGGGACCCCAGACGUGGGGACCAUUUCGGUGGCGCUCCCUCGUCCACAGAUUCCCCUUCUGCCUUCACCCAGAGCAUAUCAUCCGUUAACCGACGGGGGAGCCACGUGGCUUGCCUCCGUCAUGCUGCUUUAACGGCGCUCCUUGGGCUCCCAGCCCGGAGCAAUACCGAACUCAGUGUUAGGUGGAAGCUGCACCAAGGCAGGACUUACUCUCUUGCCUCCAAGAAGCCUGGCAGGGUGGGAACGGACCUUGCUCUUCCCCCACCCGGCAGCGGUCCCUUCCCCGCGGCUUGCCCCGUGGGAGAGUCACGGCCAGGGGCGGCUCGCCGUGCGAACUCUCAGCGCUGCCCAGCUGCUCUGCUGGGAACGGGUGGAAAAGGCAGUGAGACCACCCUUUCUCCCACCCCCG